UUAACAAAAACAAAUAAAGCAAAAGUCACAUACAGAGUUAGCAGAAGAAAAGAAAGAGGAGAUGGGUUUCACCUUCACCACCAUGACUCUAAACUUAGUCCUGCUAAUAGCCAUGGUAGCCACCAAUAUCCUCUCACUUUACCACCUCUCCUCCACACUCCAAUCUCCCAAAUCACCAAAACCACCCCCACCUGUCCCCGACCAACUUAUUCACCAACUCCACACCAUACGCGCCACCAUCAACCACCUCACGCGCCUCCAGCACACUGAUACAAAUACAAACACGAAAUCAAGCAUCCCUUCAGAUCUGUUACUCUACUCACACCUCUCACCCAUUGCUUCAUCGUGCCAUAACCACCCUGAUCUUCUUCACAAGUACAUGACCUACACUCCCUUCUCACUCUGCCCCUCCGAUUGGGACCUCGCCGAAUCCCUCAUCCUCCGUGGCUGCCACCCUCUCCCCCGCCGUCGCUGCUUCUCACGAACGCCGCAUAAACCGCCGUUAUCAACUUCGCUUCCACAAAACCCUUUCCCUUCUUCCCUCCCUGACUCCACCGUUAUAUGGGACCGUUACUCAUGCAAAUCCUUCGAUUGCUUAAAUAAACAGAACCCUAACCUCGGUUUCGAACCUUCUCGCGAUGCUUCCAAAUUCACCACCUACAAGACCGAAUUGGAUCUCCCGAUCCCGCAGCUUCUGCAGAUCGUGAAAUCGGCUAAGUCGGUGCUCCGGUUGGGUCUCGACAUCGGCGGCGGCACCGGGUCCUUCGCCGCUGCGAUGAAGCUCCGUAAUGUGACGGUGCUGACCACGACGAUGAACGUGGCGGCGCCGUACAGCGAGGCGGUGGCGCUGAGGGGACUUGUGCCGCUGCACGUGCCGCUGCAGCAGCGGUUGCCGUUGUUUGACGGCGUUGUGGAUCUGGUUCGGUGCGGGCACGCGGUGAACCGUUGGAUACCGGUGACGAUGAUGGAGUUCUUGUUGUUUGAUGUGGAUAGAGUGUUGAGGGGUGGGGGGUACUUGUGGAUUGAUCACUUUUUCAGCAAAGGUUUGGACCUUGAGAAGGUUUAUGCGCCUUUGAUUGGGAAAUUGGGUUACAAGAAGGUGAAAUGGGCAACUGGGAAUAAAACCGAUGCUGGUGGGGUCAAGAAUGGUGAGGUUUACUUGACUGCAUUGUUGCAGAAGCCUGUGUCAAGAUGAGUUUGAUAUAUGCUGUAAGGAAGAUAAGCAUGUCAGUUUAUCCUCAUUUCCUUGCUCCUAGGUGUUUAUGGGGCACGUAAUGAAGCAAUGUUCAUGUCCACUGUGAUGAUGGAUCAUCCUAAUGUUUUAAAAGAAUCAACACAUUGGAAGAAAGAUUGAAGGAACUCAAGCACAGGUGUAUAUCCAUGAGGGAACUGGUCGAGGAAAAUAGCCUUUAUGAUCGUUUUUGCUUCUUAUUUGAUUAAAUUGUGUUAUCCCAAUUAAUUAUUUGGAAAUAAAUUCAAGAAACGCCAUUUCCUGGUUGGUGUUCGUCUAGUUCUUGCGGCGAUUGGGAUUUAUAAUGAAGAA